UCCCAGUUCAAUCAACCAACACCUCCACGCAUUGCGACCUACUUUCCGAUGAGACGUCGAUAGGAGUCACUGAAAUUACGAGCCAGGGGAUUGUCUCCUUUACGAACCCUCACAAUUCCCUCAAGCAAGCAUGAGCUCGAUACUACGGCAAACCAGCAGUCUUGCUAGAAUAUCAAGGUCCUCCCUUCAAUCCGCCGUGCGAACUUCUCUCCGCCCAACGAAUCACUCGCCGUUACUCUCUUCGCGGAUAUCUAUUCAGCAAGCGCGGGCAUAUGCCACCGAACCGAAACAGAACAAGAAGAAAAAUGGCGCAACGAAGGAUUCUUCGGAGGUAGCGGGGAAGAAAGGCACGGAGCCAUCCAUAAAGCCAGCCCCGGGGACGGAAAACCUCUAUAAUGGAGAAAGCUCACUUACGAAAAAUGCUGAGGAAUCCAGUGGGUCCAGCGAACCUCCUUUGGCUGAGGGCAUGACGAAAAUGAACCCGGAGGAUGAGGAAGCUAUUGGAGAGCUUCUGGAGACGUUGAAGAAGGGGUUACCAAAGGGACAAGUGGAGGUUAUUGAGAGGGCAUUUGAAAGGAUCAAACUUGAGGGAGUUCCGAUUGAAUUGAGGGAGUUCAUGGAUGAGAAUCGGGGAAAGCCACUGACGCUGGCGACUGCUGCCAAAUUGACGCGACUGACUUCGCAGAUGGCGAGGAAGCAGGCCGAGAGAGAUAUGGGCUUGGGGUCGAAGAACACAGAUUUUCAAUCGAGUGAUCCCAAAGGAGCAUCUGGUGGGGCCGGAUCUCCACCUCCAGGAGGGAACAAAAAGAGGAGUGACGGCAACAACCAGAGCAAUAAACAGCAACCGUUCAGUAUUGGAGACGUCAAGCUGGAUAUGAGUACGUUCUUGCUAUCGGCUUUCGUGUCCUAUCUGCUCUACAGAAUGGUUAUGCCAGGCGAAAGCAGGAGAGACAUCACAUACCAAGAGUUUCAGAGCACUUUCCUUAGUAAAGGCUUGGUUGAGAAACUGACGGUCACCAACGGUGGCAAAGUCAGAGUCGAUUUACAUCGCGAAGCCACCCAAUCCAUGUAUCCUGAUUCCCCAGCUGUCAACCCGAAUUUCCACUACUACUUCUCGAUUGGCUCUGUCGAAGCGUUUGAACGACGCUUAGAUGAGGCCCAAAACGAGCUCGGAAUCCCCACCUCAGAACGGAUACCAGUCAACUACGCUACUGAGAAUGAUGGUUGGGCAUUAUUGCUCAAUUUCGGACCUACUCUACUCUUCGUCGGUGCCAUCUUUUACCUCUCGCGACGUGCCACGUCAGGAGGCGGGGGAGCAAACGGAGUUUUUGGCAUGGGCAAGAGUCGAGCAAAGCAAUUCAACCACGAAACUGAUGUCAAGGUAAAGUUUGCAGAUGUUGCAGGUAUGGACGAAGCAAAGGCCGAGAUUAUGGAAUUCGUUGCUUUCUUGAAGACUCCCGAACAAUUUCAACGACUCGGUGCUAAGAUCCCUCGAGGCGCAAUCCUUUCUGGUCCACCAGGAACUGGUAAAACCCUUUUGGCGAAAGCAACGGCGGGCGAGUCUCAAGUUCCUUUCUUCAGCGUCAGUGGUUCGGAAUUCGUGGAGAUGUUUGUUGGUGUUGGUGCUUCGAGAGUACGAGAUCUUUUCGCCAUGGCAAGGAAGAACACACCUUGUAUCAUUUUCAUUGAUGAAAUUGAUGCCAUUGGAAAGUCCCGUGGGAAAUCCGGUGGUUGGGGUGGUGGAAACGAUGAGCGAGAAGCUACUUUAAACCAGAUCUUAACAGAGAUGGAUGGGUUCAAUACUACUGAGCAAGUCGUCGUUCUUGCUGGUACCAAUAGACCUGAUGUUCUUGAUAAAGCUCUCAUGCGUCCUGGCCGCUUCGAUAGGCAUAUUUCCAUCGAUCGACCAACUAUGGAGGGCCGAAAACAGAUCUUCAUGGUGCAUUUAAAGAAGAUUGUUACCAAUGAGGAUCUUGAGUACCUUACUGGACGACUUUCGGCUCUGACUCCCGGUUUCUCUGGUGCGGACAUUGCCAACUGUGUCAACGAAGCUGCUCUAAUAGCUGCUCGAACAAGCGCCAAGUCAGUUGAGAUGCUCCAUUUCGAACAAGCCAUCGAGCGAGUCAUUGGUGGUCUCGAGAGGAAGUCCCUGGUUCUCUCACCUGAAGACAAGAAGACUGUUGCAUAUCACGAAGCCGGCCAUGCUAUCUGUGGAUGGUAUUUCAAAUACGCCGACCCGCUUCUCAAGGUUUCCAUCAUUCCCCGUGGCCAAGGAGCGCUUGGAUACGCCCAAUAUCUUCCUGCUGGCGACACCUAUCUGAUGAACGUGAACCAACUCAUGGAUCGUAUGGCCAUGACACUCGGUGGCCGGGUUUCAGAAGAACUGCACUUCGAAACUGUCACCUCGGGUGCUUCUGAUGACUUCAACAAGGUCACACGAUUGGCAACCGCAAUGGUUACCAAAUGGGGCAUGAGCAAGAAACUCGGCCCUCUGCAUUUCCAAGACGACGAGAACAAGCUGCACAAGCCGUUCGCGGAAGCCACUGCACAAACAAUCGAUUCGGAGGUCAGGAGGAUCGUGGAUGAAGCUUACACGCAAUGCAAAGAUCUACUCACAGAAAAGAAGAAGGAAAUAGGGAUCGUCGCGGAGGAAUUGUUGGCAAAGGAAAUGCUGGACAGAAAUGAUAUGGUGAGAUUACUUGGUCAUCGACCCUUUGAUGACAACAAGGAAUUUACCAAGUACUUUGGUGGAAGCCAAAUGAGUGCACCGCCUCCCUUCCCAACGGAGAAUACGGAUAGCCCUGCCGAACCAGGCCCAGCUGUGUAAAAAUUCUCAAACGAAAAGGAUAGGAGACUUGUAUAGGCAUUUUUGGGCGUCAAGUGCAUUGGCAGUGUGUUACUAUUGCGGCGCAUAGAAAGAAAUCUCACUUCACUCAACACUUUUCUUUCGUUUGAAUUGUGAGGUGGUGUCAUGUGUACAGACAUGACUUGUAACUUUUAGGUCAGAAUACUAAAAUGUAAAUAAAGUCCGCGUAAGUUCACAUGAAUAUGAU